GUGACUUUCAGUGACCCAGAGGCUGCACAAAGAGCGUGUCUUGACCCGUCGCCAGUCAUAGACGGUAGAAGGGCCAACUGCAACCUCGCUUCGUUAGGACAGAAGCAGCGUCCGCAGCAGCCGCGAGGACAGCAGGGUGGAGUGCCGUUCGGCGGGUACCCACAGCAACACCCGUACCCCAUGUACCCGCUACAGGGCUAUCCCAUGUCACCCUUCGGGUACCCUCAGCAGUUUCAAGAGGGAGCCGGCUAUGGGUUUCCACAGGGAGUGUUUCCGCCGUACGGUCCUCAGGGCUUUCCAGCGCAGCCAGGGAUGUUUGUUCCGCCUGUAGGGACAGCCACUCCUGGGGCCAUGUAUCCCGGAUAUCCUCCUGCCGCUUUCGGGCCGACGCAAGCGGCACAGGCAGCAGGGGGAUUUCCAGGAGGCCCUUCUAUGAUGCCGUCCGCUACGCAACCAGCUGGCGUUGCUGGCGUUGCCGGCGUUGGUGCUGCUGCGCAACCUUUUGGGUUCCAGCAGAUGCAAGGAGGACAACCCCAAGGAUUUCAGGGGACGGGCGAGCAGCAGCAGAUGGGAGGUGCCAGCCAGCUUGCAGGAGGCCCUGGGGCGCAAACAAGCCAAGGUGCACAGGAAGGGACCGGAGCAAUGCCAUCACAGCAGCAAUACGGAGUCCCCAUGCAAGGGGACCUGCCUGUGAUCAAGGAUCUCAUUGCCGCAACAGGCCUCGUUAACAGCAACUGGAUGAAGGUAGGGGAAGGAGGGGAGAGGGGUUGCGGGUGGGAGGGGUUUGAGGGGGAGGGAUGGACUAGUUUUUUCAACUUGCAAAGCCCACAUCGCUCCACUCGAGUGAAGGAGCUGAUUACCCAUUUGUACCUUUCUCCACCCUCCCUCACCUUUGUCUGUGUGGCAGGCCAAGCCCCACCUGGUGGUACACUGGGGUCAGGAGCGGUUCAGAAGGUAGUGCUGUCAAACAAGGCGGCUCUCAGAGCGGCGCUGGCUCGGGUGCUGGUGAAGCAGCGAGCAGCAUCAGUGGAGGAACUGCUUGGUCCCUCCAGUGACCCACCUGUUGCUGCACACCCCCGCUAUGCACGAGUCAACACCCUGCGGACCACCUCCGAUUCAGUGUUGGUGCACUUUCAGGCGGGCACUCCCCAAGAGAAUGGCGGCAAGGAGGGGGGGAUUGAUGCAGGCGCUAGCAGCAAAAGUGGGGAUGGUGAAAGUGGCGCUAGCAGCAGUGCAGAGAGUGCAGGUUUGAGGGUGGAGGGGGAGGUUUCAGUACAGCAGGACGAGCUGAUCCCAGACGUGCUUGUCUUUCCCCCGGGCACAGAGCUGCACCGACACGCUCUGGUGGAGAAAGGCGACCUCAUUCUGCAGGGUCGCGCCAGCUGCUUCCCCGCGUUCAUCCUCGCGCCUCGCCCCGGGUGGCAUGUGUUGGACGCAUGUGCAGCGCCGGGCAACAAGACAUCCCACUUGGCUGCACUCAUGGCGAACACAGGGCGGCUCACAGCAUGCGAGAGAGAUGCCAAGAGAGCUGCUCUUUUGAGGAAGAAUCUGGACAAGGCCGGGGGGCAAAAGGUGACCACUAGAGGCUCUCUCGAACUUCUCAGAAGUAACUCACUCACGCGGCAGCUCUCAUGUCGAAAGCUCUCGCCCUCUCUCUCUCUCUCUCUCUCUCUCUCUCUCUCUCUCUCUCUCUCUCUCUCUCUCUCUCUCUCUCUCUCUCUCUCUCUCUCUCUCUCUUCCCCCGCCUCCCCUCUCCCCCUUUGCUCCUCGCCAGGUGCACACGUGCAUGAGGGGGAUUUUCUCGCCAUCGACCCUGCCUCACCUGAAUUCGCCGAUGUGAGCUCCUCUCAUCUCCUAUCCUCCGACCCCUGUGUCGUGCAAGCCAUCCUGCUCAACCCCUCCGAGGAGACCUGCUCCUUUCUCAAUGGGAACCCCUUGCGGAGUAAUGAAGGAUUCGAAACGCAGCAAGUCGUGUGGUCGCCGUUGAAACCCCUCCGAGGAGACCUGCUCCUUUCUCAAUGGGGCCUCGUUGUGCGCCCCUGUGUUGCGUGUGUGCCGCUACAUCCUUCCCUCUCCCCCAAUUCCAGGGCUGGCGGGAGAGGGAGCAAGGGUGGGGAGAGUGGAAGGAGAGGUGGGGGGAGAGGCGGGGGGAGAGGCGAGGGGAGAGGCGAGGGGAGAGGUGGGGGGAGAGGUGGGGGAAGAGAUGGGGGAAGAGGCGGGGGGAGAGGGGGCAAGGAGGAGGGGAAUGGGGGGAUUGAAGGAGCAGAGGCCAGCAGCGGACGCCAGGGGGAGGACGAGCGGGUGGAGAGAUUGGCUCGUUUCCAGGAAGCCGCGCUGAGGCAUGCCCUCUCAUUCCCAGCAGCACAGCGCGUCACCUACAGCACAUGCUCCGUGAACGAGAGGGAAAACGAGGCAGUGGUAGCGGCAGUGCUCCCUCUGAAACCCCUCCCAUCAGCAGAGCGCAUCACCUACAGCACAUGCUCCAUCAACGAGAGGGAGAACGAGGCAGUGGUAGCAGCAGUGCUCCCUGCGGCUCUCUCCUGUGGCUUCCGCCUCGCCCCGGCCCUGCCCGCCUGGCCCAGGAGAGGGAUGCUCUCCUACCCUUUUGGCCACCAAGUGGUGCGCACAGAUCCUGCCACCGAUGGCACCGAUGGAUUCUUUGUUGCACUCUUUGAGCGCCACGUGGCAGGUGUUGCUGACGUGGCAGGUGCUGCUGACAUGGCAGGCGUUGCUGAUGUGGCAGGUGCUGCUGACAUGGCAAGCAUUGCUGAUGUGGCAGGUGCUGCUGAUGAGGCAGCAAAUGCUGAUAGAACAACAGUGAUGACGGGAGCAGAGCCGGAGGUUCGGGAGUCCCGUGCUGCUAAAAGGAAGCGGCAGAGACGAGCGAAAGCAGCAAUGGAUGAAGGGAACGUGAAGGUUGCUAGAGGAACAAGCGAGGUAGGGGGAAACCCGACACGUGGGGAGUGA